AUGUCUGCGACGCCGAGUCCCGAUGACCCAGAGGGCGACCGCAUGGUCAGCGCCAUGGCGGAACACGGACGUGAGGCCGUCGCAGCCAACUGGAGGUGCCAAGGCCCAUCCGGGACGGUCUGCAAGCAGAAAGGCGUGACAGACCGUCCCGGAUGGGCCUUGGCACCUCCAGUUGGCUGCGACGGCCUCACGUCCGUGUUCCGCCAUGGCGCUGACCAUGCGGUCGCCCUCUGGGUCAUCGGGACUCGGCGUCGCAGACAUCACCAGAGCUUCAAGCAAAAGUUGCCGCCGCAGGUUGUUUUGUUUGCAUUAAUUCCCAUUAAUUUGCCUACCACUUUCCGGACCGCGCGCGCCCCGCAGAUCCUGGUGUUCGACCUGCGCACGGACGCGCUGCUGUGGCGCUACGUCAUCCCCGAGGCGCAGACGAAGCCCGGGGGCCUCUUCACCAACAUCGCGGUGGACGUGCGCGCGGGCCGCUGCGACGACGCCUACGCCUACGCCUCCGACGUCUUCCGCUACGGCCUCGUCGUCUACAGCUGGCGCGAGGACCGGUCGUGGCGCGUGGAGAGCCCGCUCUUCUUCCCGGACCCGCUGGCCAGCAAGUACGACGUGCACGGCGUGCGCUUCCGCUGGACGGACGGCGUGUUCGGGCUGGCGCUGGCGCCCGAGGACGCGCUCGGCGACCGCCUGCUCUUCUUCCACCCGCUCUCCUCCUUCCGGGAGUUCGCCGUGCGCACCUCGGCGGAGGCGUUCGCUCCGCUGGGCGAGCCUCGCGCCGCGGAGCGGGGCCACGCGUCGGGCGCCGCCGUCGACCGGCGCGGCGUGCUCUUCUACAACCUGGUCUCGCGCGACGCCGUCGGCUGCUGGAACUCGCGCCAGCCCGCCGGCCACCGCAUGGACCUGCAGGGCAUCGUGGCGCAAGACAACGUGACGCUGCAAUUCCCCAACGACUUGAAGGUGGACCAAGAGCGGCGGCAGAGUGUGUGGGUGCUGAGCAACCGCCUGCACGAGUACCUCUACCGGAAGCUGGACCCGCGGGAAGUCAACUUCCGCAUCCUGACGGCGCCGGUGGACGCGGCGGUGCGAGGGACGGUGUGCGACCCCGACUAUGUGUACGCCCCCGCCAGAUCCAACUUCGCCAGUUCGGGCUGCGACGCCAAUUACUAA